AGUAGAUGGAAUGGAAUUGGAAACUCUCUAUCAGCGAUACUGCAUUCGUCUGAAACACGCCCUGUAUCUCUCAUGCCUAUCAGUCGCGACUCUCACCAGUGUAGGCCUCCUCAUCACCACAUGUGUACUACACUUUCAGGACCUGGACAAGAGCACCACCUCCAUAACCGCCAUGUCAGUCCUAGCUGCCUCUCUCACCCUCAUCCUCACGGCCUCUCAGUUCCCCGUCAUCCUCGAAGCUGAAGCUUGGGCGCUACUCUCUUCACUGGCGGCUACAGUGGUCGCUGCCGCUGUCACUCUGCUAUUGGCUAGCAGACAUGCACCGUUGCCGAUGUUCGCGCUGUUGCUCGCGGUGCACACGAUGUUGCCGCUGUCGCGCCAGGUGGCGCUGGCGGUGGCGGCGGUGCUGACGGUGGCGCAGCUGGCAACGUCGCUCGCCUACAGGAUCGGCGAGGGCGACAGGGCGGAUUUCGGGCAGCUGGUACCAGAACUAAUAAUGCUGAUAACAGCUAGUUGCACUGGUUUGUACUACCGACACAUGACAGAGGAGUCCCAUCGCAGGACUUUCGUGGGUACUAGGACCUGCAUCGAGUCCAGAGUGAAGCUGGAAUGUGAGAAAGAACAGCAGGAACAGCUGCUACUCAGCGUCAUUCCCGCUUACAUAGCUGCUGAGGUCAAACGGAGCAUAAUGUUGAAGAUGGCGGACGCUUGCCAAGAGCAAUCCAACAGAAGCUUCCACGAGAUGUACGUGCAACGUCACAACAACGUUUCGAUCCUCUAUGCUGACAUCGUCAACUUCACUCCGCUCUCAGAGCAACUGUCGGCCUCUGAUCUGGUCAAGACUUUGAACGAACUGUUCGGAAGAUUCGAUCAGAUAGCUCAGGACAAUCAAUGUAUGAGGAUAAAAAUUUUGGGGGACUGCUACUACUGUGUCUCAGGUUUGCCUGUUUCUAGGCCAAACCACGCCUAUAACUGUGUCAACAUGGGAUUGCAGAUGAUUGACGCGAUACGAUUUGUAAGGGAAGCCACCGGUUUCAACGUUGACAUGAGGAUCGGCAUCCACACCGGCAAUGUACUUUGCGGCGUCCUAGGGCUCCGGAAGUGGCAGUUUGACGUUUGGAGCGAUGACGUAACGCUAGCCAAUCACAUGGAGUCAGGAGGCAUAGCGGGGCGGGUGCAUAUAACACGAGCAACAUUGGACCAGCUUGGAGAUCGUUUCGAAGUCGAACCACGAGAUGGAACUAACAAAGAAGGAUAUUUGGCAGAUCACAAGGUCGAAACGUUCCUGAUCAUUCCACCCAAGAAGGACGAGGUCCCGAACGGCACCAGCGAUUCCCGAGGCCAGCAGAACGGCGGCGGCGAACGAAGCCGCGGCGUCGGACAAGGCGUCGCGACGGCCACGCCGGGCGUCCCGACGCGCUCGCGGCCCUCCGGCAAGAUGACCAAGUACGUGGAGUGCUGGGGGGCUGACAAGCCCUUCGCCAACAUUGCCGAGUCCACCCUGGCCAAGAACAUCGAACUCACGACCCUUGGAAUGAUAGAAUCCAAUCUGCUUCCGGACCGCAGUACGUGCUUGGAGUGCAAAAAAUGGUGGAGAAGCGAAGAACUACAUCCUGCUCUGCUGUGGUUCCAAAAUGGUAAACAGGAACAAGAAUAUCGCGAUCAACCCGAUCCAGAAUUCAGACGAUAUAUUGCAUGCGCCUCCUGUAUAUUCCUAGCGAUGGCUCUGAUGCAAGUCGCCACUAUUCCCAGGAGCAUCCUGCUAUAUGGCACCCUAGCACCCACUCUGGUGGUCCUGCUGAUUUUCGUGUACUUGUGCUGGUUGGACGGCUGCUGCGGCCCUCGCCCUCCCUCAGACACCCCCUGCGACGAUCCGGGGGUUUGUUCGCCCCCUGGCCAGAUCGUGGCGGACAGCAGGGGCUUGAGGCUGGCGAUUUUCCUGGUGUCUGUCGCUCUCGUCUCCGCAUGCGCAGUCGUCAGCUUGGUCGAUUAUGAACCAAUUGCAUCAGCAUCAAUUCUCUCACCAAGCUCAUCGUCCACACCAGCUGCAAUAUUGCAACGUCUUUCCGAAAAUACUUCGGAAUUGGAGGCCAAUGACACUUCAAGAUCUACUGAAGUACCUUUAGUAGAUGGUUUAGAUAUAGUCGUGCCGUAUGUGCCAACAUAUCUGUACAGCUCAGCAAUGGUUUUAGCUGCGAUAUCUGUUUUCUUGAGAAUGGGCUUUCUACUGAAAUUAGCCUUGAUGGUAUCGUCCGUCAUAACUCAUAUAGCCGUUUAUAGCUACAUGGAAUUCUUUCAAGAGUAUCACGAUGUACACGAUGAUGAGUUUCCAGCAAUACCUUUUGAAAUCAAAACGGCCUUAGCUCUCUCACUGGUGGUUGUGUUCUUCCAUAUUCUGGACAGGCAGAUCGAAUUCACAUCAAGAACAGACUACCUUUGGAAGGCCAAACUGAAGGUGGAACAGGAAGAGGUCGAAACAAUGAGAGGUAUCAACAAGAUUCUGUUGGAAAACAUACUCCCAGCUCACGUGGCAGAACAUUUCCUGUUCACGAGAGUGCCCCAGGAUCUUUACCACGAGAGGUACUCCUGUGUAGCAGUCAUGUUUGCCUCGAUACCCAACUACAAGGAGUUCUACGAUGAGAGUGACGUCAACAAACAAGGUCUGGAGUGCCUCAGACUGCUCAAUGAAAUCAUCUGCGAGUUCGAUAAGCUACUUCUGAAGCCGAAGUUCAGCUGCAUAGAAAAGAUCAAAACCAUUGGCAGCACUUACAUGUUGGCAUCUGGCUUGAGGCCUGGCAAGGAGGAUGAUAGUAAGGAAGCUAGCCGAAAAGAAGAGCAUAUUAUCACUGCCUUACUGGAUUUCGCAGUUUUAUUGAAGGCUAGCUUGGAACAAAUAAAUAGAGAUGCAUUCCAGAGAUUCAAAUUGAGGGUUGGUUUGAACCACGGCCCGGUGAUAGCAGGAGUAGUGGGGGCCCAGAAGCCCCAGUACGACAUCUGGGGCAACACCGUCAACGUCGCCUCCAGGAUGGACUCCUGCGGGCAGCUGGGCCGCAUCCAGGCCACCGACCUCACCGCGCAGGUCCUGAUCAGGGCCGGCUACCAGUGCGAGUGCAGAGGCCCCACCUACGUCAAGGGGAAGGGCACGCUGACGACGUACUUCGUCAAAACGGCGUUCGACGACAAGAACUGCUGA